AUGACAGUCAAUCAUCUGCAAGAGCUAGGUUUUGCAACGAACGGCAGAAACAUCAGAAACUUGCCCUGUAUAUCCAGAAAGAACAACAACCUCAGUGGCGUAUGCAUGUUCGCCAUAGACUGUCUAAAAGCCAACGGUACUCACUUGGGUACCUGCAUAGACAGAUUUUAUUUUGGUUCCUGUUGUCACAUCGAACCAGUGAAAGAUUUAGGAAAUAACAUAGAAUCUAACGUCAUUUUGGAUAGUCGAGAACCACCAGAGAGGAUCCAUAAUACUACGCUUGCUUUAAUGGGAAAUACCAGCAGUACUAGUAGUAGUACUAGUAGUGUGAUUACUGAAGUAGGAUCAAGUAUAUCUUGGACAGAGAAACAAACAUCAAGUACAAGUCAUCCCAGCUCUGUGUCACUUCCUUUAAGCUCAACAGUUAAACCUUUUGCCGAAAAAGUACCUGUAACCACUAGCACAUCAACAGAAAUAACUACAGUACCUCAGAAACUUCAAACGUUCCAAAUUGUUGGUAGUUCUUCCAUAGAAACCACUACGUUCAGAACUACAUCACAGUCAACAACUAGGAAACCGAAUAUAACCACUGUAGCACCUAUAAAAACAACUUCCAAAUUUAAGCCAUCACAGAAACCAUAUAAACCAACUGCUGCAACGACUAAUAAACCUUUUAAACCGGUUUCUACAACUAAGGGAACAAGCAAACCUAUAAAACCAGCUUUAAGUAGUACUAAACGACCGUAUAGUACAACAAGAAGGACAACUACAACUAAGAAAGUUUAUACGAGUACGAAAAAGCCGACUACUAAAAAGCCUUCAAGUGUAAAACCAACGAAAGUAUAUACU